GUAUUUUGUUGUCUCGCUGGAUUGGUAGAUUCGGUCGGCUGCAAUGCACCACGUGAUCAAUUCUCAUCAUGCGAAGAACUCAUGGCCAAUGGAGUUCUACGGAUUUUCAUCUGGAUUCUAGGAGGCAGUGCUUUCAUCGGAAACGGGUUCGUCUUCGCAUACAGGGUAUUCAAUCAAAAGAAAGACAGAAAAACCAUUGUUCAGUCCAGUUUCAUCACGAAUUUGGCCGUUUCUGAUUUUAUGAUGGGUCUGUACAUGAUCACAAUUGCAUCUGCAGAUAUCUACUACAGAGGAAACUAUGCCUUGCAUUCUGAUGAAUGGCAGUCUAGCGCCCUCUGCAAGGUGGCGGGGAUGCUUUCGGUCAUAUCAAGUGAGGCUUCUGUCAUGUUUAUCAUGAUGAUCAGUGUUGACCGGUGUAUUCACAUCCUUCUCCCCUUCAAACAAGGACUCCAUCUUUCUCUCACGGCUGCUCGAUGUUCUCAGCUUAUCAUCUGGUGUAUCGGGACUCUGGUUAGCGUCCUACCUGUGGUAAUCCCAGCGUACAGCAAAGUUAACUUCUACGGACAGUCCGGGGUCUGUUUGGCCCUGCCUCUGACGGUUGAUCGUUCUGCAGGAUGGCAUUAUUCCAUCUCCUUGUUCAUUGGAGCCAAUUUUGUAGCCUUCCUUGUGACCCUACUCUGUUACCUGGCCAUGUACAUCCGCUAUCAGCAGUCCAAACAGAUGCUUGCUCAGACAGGUAAAGGUUCCAGAGAUGACAAAAGACUGACUGAAGAUAUCAAAUUGGCAUGGAAGAUGUCACUGAUUGUCGGAACGGAUCUAAUUUGCUGGUUCCCAAUCAUCGUCUUGGGUCUCUUAUCAGCGGCAGGGAAACUUACUAUAUCGGCUCAGGUGUAUGCCUGGACUGCAGUUUUCGUCCUCCCUGUCAACUCGUCUCUCAACCCUUACCUAUAUACACUCUCUAGUUUGCAUGGGAAGAAACAGAAGGUCAAGAAGUCUGCAGAGUCAGCUACAGAAGAAAAUAAAACGAUUGAGAGCAGCUUUGGGGAUGGAGACAGCUCUUCUACGGCUAAAGCUCCCCCUUUAACUAUUUGGCCCGUCCCGGUUGCGCAGCACCUUGAACACUGGUUGAAAAGUGAAUCUCGUGACCUGACCCAACAAGAACUUGAGGUCAUCCGACGAGACAUUAGCCAAUCACAUGCUCUCUUGAUAAAGGCUGGCAACACCGUGGAUGGAUGUAUAAAGAACAUUGUCGUUCAUUUGGAAUCGGAUGAGCAGUGCAACGAUGUACCUAACCAGGCCGAAAUCAAUCUCUCUAAGGUUAUGGGGUUACUCCAGGAAAUACACAAAAUGGAGUAUUAAAUGUGUGUAUACAUACACACACCAGAACAUGGCUACAGCCCUUGAGACUGAAAUCCCGG